AUGUCGUCUUCCGCCAAUAAUAAGGAUCCAAACCAAGCCAUGCGCGAGCAGGUGUGCCAAGAAUUCCAUGGUUCCGUCACUAUUGUCGUUCUCGGUGCAUCAGGUGACUUGGCAAAGAAGAAGACUUAUCCAGCAUUAUACAACCUGUAUCGCGACGGUUUUCUUCCUGAAAAAACACGGAUUGUGGGCUAUGCUCGUUCCAAACUAAGCCAUGAAGACUUUAUCCAACGAGUUACUGGUUACAUCAAAUCCCCGUCGUCCGAUAAAUUAUCCGAAUUCAAAAACAUGCUCAGUUACCAUCAGGGACUGUAUGACCAAGAUGAAUCUUUCCAGGCACUUGAUAAGCACAUCAAAGAACUUGAGGAACAACGCGAUAUCGAACCCGGUAGUCGACAUCGAAUCUUUUACAUGGCACUGCCUCCUUCCGUGUUCAUCCCUGUAGCUCAACACCUUCGCAGAAAUGCCUAUGCCAAGGAAGGCAUCAAUCGCGUCGUUGUGGAAAAACCAUUUGGCCGUGAUUUGGCGUCUUAUCAAGAAAUGUCAAAAGAACUGGGCUCCUUAUUUACCGAGAAAGAGAUCUAUCGCAUCGAUCACUAUCUGGGCAAGGAAAUGGUGAAAAAUCUGAUGAUGGUGCGAUUUGCAAAUAUCUUUUUUUCGAAUUCUUGGGAUAGAAAGUAUAUCGAUUCGGUUCAGAUUACAUUCAAGGAACCAUUUGGAACCGAGGGACGAGGCGGCUAUUUCGAUGAAUUCGGGAUCAUCCGGGAUGUCAUGCAAAAUCAUUUGCUUCAAAUUCUCUCCCUUAUUGCGAUGGAACGACCCAUUUCCACCGAAGCUGAAGCGAUCCGUGACGAGAAGGUGAAAGUGUUGAAAUGUAUUACACCCGUGUCGCUUGACAAUGCGUUAUUGGGACAGUAUGUGGCGGCCAAUGGUAAGCCCGGGUACUUGGACGAUGAGACAUUGAAGAACAAGCAAAGCGUCACACCGACAUUUGCUGCGUUGGUACUUUGGAUUCAAAAUGAACGAUGGGAAGGCGUCCCGUUUAUUCUCAAGGCUGGUAAAGCGCUCAAUGAGGCCAAGGUAGAGGUGCGCGUUCAGUUCCGUAACGUAGCAGGCAAUCUGUACCGUGGUACGCCCCGAAAUGAGCUUGUCCUACGUAUCCAGCCCGAUGAAGCCAUGUAUGUCAAAUUCAAUAACAAGCAACCCGGUCUUUCAUAUCAUACCAUCCAAAGUGAUCUCGAUUUGACCUAUCAAAACCGGUAUACCGAUCUGGCCAUCCCGGAAGCAUAUGAGUCACUAUUGUUGGAUGUGCUUCGUAACGAUCAUUCCAACUUUGUGCGCGAUGACGAAUUGGCCGCUGCAUGGAAGAUCUUUACUCCUUUACUGCAUCAAAUUGAUCAAGGUGAUCCAAAUAUCCACAUUGAACACUAUGACUAUGGAAGCCGAGGCCCCGCGGUCCUCGAUGAGUUUGUGAAAGCCUACGGUUACGAUCGUUCCACUAAGAAUUAUUCAUGGCCCAUCCAAAGCGUGUCUGCCGAAAAAAACCGACUUUAA